AUUGAAAUCAUGCACCUAAGCUACCUGACAAUACUCACCGCCCUGUUUUUCCACCUAGAAGCUAACAAAACCGCUGUCGGUCGCCUUCCAAAGUGGUUGGUACCGCUUAGCUAUCGCGUGGACAUCGUGACACGGAUCAAUCAACCCUAUCAGCCCUUCGGCGGUACGGUGGUUAUUGAUCUGAGAUCGGAGAGAUCGACGAAAAGAAUAGUGCUUAAUGCCCACGAUUUGGCGAUUGGCAAGCGAAGGGCGGUGACGUUGUCUGACAAGAAUGGCAACUCAGUGCCGGUUAGCAGCAUACAGAUGGACAUUAAGCUUAGUCGACUGACUGUGUCAUUAAAGAGACCACUCAAGGUCAACGUCACAUACUCAAUGCGGGUGGCAUUUACUAGUGUUUUGAGAAAUGACAACACUGGAUUCUAUAGCAGCAAUUAUGUGGAUCAUAAUACUACUUUAACCCAAUGGCUGGCGGCCACCCAAUUCGAACCGAAUCAUGCACGCGAGGCAUUUCCCUGCUUCGACGAUCCCAUUUUCAGGACACCAUUCAAGAUCAAUCUAGCCCAUCCGUAUCUGUACCGCGCUCUGUCCAACAUGCCCGUCCAGCGGACCAUUCGCCAUGCCAGCCUGAAGGACUACGUGUGGACGCAGUUCGUCGAGAGCCAUCCGAUGCAAACGUACCUGGUGGCCUUCAUGAUCAGCAAGUUCGAUAGGCCGGGUUUCACGUCCAGCGAGCGAUCGGAUUGUCCAAUUAGCACGUGGGCACGUCCGGAUGCACUGUCGCAGACUGAGUUCGCCAACAUGGUGGUGGCACCGCUGCUCUCCUUCUACGAAGAUCUCUUUAACAGUACCUACCGGCAAAAGAAGAUCGAUUUGGUGGCCCUGCCAGAUUUCACCUUUAAGUCGAAAGAGAACUGGGGCUUGCCAGCCUUUGCGGAGGAAUCCCUUUUGUACGAUAGCCAACGGAGUUCCAUUGACGAUCAACAGGGCGUGGCACGAGCGGUGGCCAUGAUGGUGGUGAACCAGUGGUUCGGAAAUCUAGUCUCCGUCGCCUGGUGGCAUGAGAUCUGGCUGAAGAACGUGUUUGCACUGUAUCUCUCGCGUUUUGGUGUGCACUCACUGCGUCCGGAGUGGGAUUACCAGGAGCGGCACGCCCUGCAGCUCUACCUCUCGGUCCUGGACUACGAUGCCCAUGUUAACACGGAUCUGGUGACGGCAUCGGUGCCCGAUGAGAGCCACAUUUGGGCGGCGUACAAUGAGAUUGGGGAGCGCAAGGCAGCCGUGCUCUUCGAGAUGCUACACCGCGUCAUGGGCGAAGAGGCGUGGCUGACGGCACUGCGUCGCUAUCUGGUUGUCUAUGCCAAUCGCACCGCCACAUCCUCCGACUUUUGGGAUCUCUUGCAACUGCAGGUGGACCGUAAUGGACGCUUGGGCAAGGGUCUGAACAUCACUAGGAUCAUGAAAUGCUGGCUAGGGCAACCGGGAUAUCCCCUGGUCACCGUCACCCGGAACUACGACCAUCGCACGGCUAUCGUAAGUCAACAGCGUUUCUUCAUAACUCCGCAGUUUCGAAAUCGCUGGGCCAGGAAUCCGUGCUGGUGGGUUCCGCUCAGCUAUACGUGCCCCAGUUGCCAACAUUCGGAAAUCAUCUCCUUUAGCCGGUGGCUCACCUGUCCGACCUCUAAGCCUUCGAGUAAAUCUAAUACUGUUCUACUGGAAAAACUGGAGGCGGAGCCUACGGACUGGAUACUGUUCAAUGUCCAACAUACGGCUCCAUUCCGCGUGAACUAUGACCUCCGCAACUGGCAGCUGCUCAACAAAACGCUUGCUGAUCCCAAUAAGUUUCGUCUCAUCCAUCGUGUAAACCGCGCCCAGUUGGUCGACGAUCUCUUCAGCCUCGCCUGGAGUGGCGAUAUCGAAUAUGACAUGGCCCUGGGCAUUCUCGGCUAUCUGGAGCACGAGGAUGAAUUCGUUGUCUGGGUAGCAACCGAGAUAAGCUUCGAGCGUAUCAACAACGUAGCGAAGAGCAACCCAAACUACCUGAUUUUUAAGACCUAUAUGCGUCUCCUGCUGGAGCGCCAGUUCAAGCGGGUGAUAUCCUCGGACUUGACCAGUUCCUCGGGCAACAUGACCCAUCGACCCGUUAUCAUUAGGCUGGCCUGCGAGUACGAGCUGCCCGCCUGUGUGAGUCUCGCCCGUCGGGAAUUCAUGAAGGGAACGCCGGAGAAGGGCGGAUGGAUGACCAUCCGAGAGCGGGAAACGGUCGUCUGCACGGCAGUCAAGUUCGGCACGGAAGGGGACCGGGAUAUGGUCGAGUCGAUGUACAAGCGCUCGAAUUUUGCCGCUGAAAAGGAAUCACUGCUGACCGCCUUGGCCUGCUCGCGGAAUGUCUUCGCCCUGCAGAGAGUCCUUAUAUGGACUUUUGAGAGCUCGGGAGUGCGUAAGCAAAACGCCAGGCGAACAUUCAAGGCUGUGGUCUCCAACUCCAUGGGCUAUCGAUUGGCCAAGAAGUACGUGUCCGUCAAUAUGCAGAACAUACGCAAUUAUUGCAGCAACUCAACCGACAAGGUUGUAAAUCUGAUGACACCGCUAAUUGAAUGUCUGUCCACUCCGAAGGAACUGCUCUACUUUAGUAAGUUCUUCAAGGAGAUCCUACGCGACAUGAACGGCAGUGAGCGGCUCAUCAAGAUCCUGCUGGAACGGGGCAACGAUAACAUCCACUGGCAGCGCACCAAGUUUCGCCCCAUGUUGCAGGCCAUUCGGGACAUAAUCCUGUGGCGGAGUCGGGCGAAGCGGAUACUCAAAUAA